GCAGAGGCUUUAUACGACUUCCCUGGUACUAACCCAAGAGAGCUUCCGUUGAGACAGGGCGAAAUUGUCCAAGUACUAAAGUAUUCGACAGUUGACAAUGACUGGUGGCGUGGAUCAUUGCACGGACGCACCGGCGUAUUCCCACGAACAUACGUUAAGCCAGUA